AUGUUGAGCCGAUCUAUCCUUCGUCGAGCUGCGCAGGCGCGCUUGAUUCCAGCCGCUCACUCCCCGCUCCGCAGGCAUGCCAGUUCUGCAGUCGCCUUCAAGUGGGACGAUCCACUGAAUUUGUCCAACUUCCUGACGGAGGAAGAGCAGGCCAUCGAGGAGACUGCUCGGUCUUAUUGCCAGGAGCGCCUCUUGCCUCGAGUUCUAGAAGCAUAUCGGAAAGAGGAGUAUGAUAAGAAGAUUCUGCAAGAGAUGGGAGAGCUAGGUUUACUCGGUGCCACAAUUCAGGGCUACGGUUGCGCGGGUGUGAGCAAUGUAGCGUCAGGCCUUAUCACGAGAGAAGUUGAGAGAGUGGACUCUGGUUAUCGCUCAGGAAUGUCGGUUCAAAGCUCCCUCGUUAUGGGGCCUAUAUAUGAUUUCGGAACUCAAGAGCAAAAGGAUAAAUAUCUGGAGAAACUGGGAAACGGCUCAUUAGUGGGCUGCUUUGGCCUGACCGAACCGAAUCACGGGUCUGACCCCGGCUCGAUGGAAACCACUGCGAAGCCUCACCCAUCCAAGGAGGGAUACUAUUCAAUUUCCGGUGCGAAGACAUGGAUCACGAAUUCACCUAUCGCCGACGUCCUGGUGGUGUGGGCCAAGCUCCAAGAAACAGGCAAGAUUAGAGGAUUUGUGAUUGAGAGAGAAAAAUGCCCCCCAGGCACGCUGGAGACACCUAAAUUGGGAGACAAGAAUGGACUGCGAGCCUCAAUCACCGGAAUGAUCCAAUUGGACGAGUGUCCUGUACCAAAGGAGAAUAUGUUUCCAGACAUCGAAGGACUCAAGGGUCCUUUCUCUUGCCUCAACUCGGCUCGAUAUGGAAUAGCUUGGGGCACAAUGGGCGCCCUCGAAGAUUGCUUAAGCCGAGCGCGCGAAUAUGCCUUGGAAAGAAAGCAGUUCAAGAACAAUCCCAUCGCCAAAUAUCAGCUCGUACAAAAGAAGUUGGCAGACGCAUCGACAGAUGCUGCUUUCGGAUUGGCCGCUGCCUAUCAAGUCGGCAGGCUGAAGGACGAAGGCAAGGUGACGCCCGAGAUGAUUUCCAUGAUUAAGAGACAAAAUUGCGAUCGAGCCUUAGUGAACGCCCGUCACUUACAGGAGAUUUUCGGUGGAAACGCAGUCAGCGACGAAUAUCAUAUUGGGAGACAUGUCGCUAAUCUGUUUGUCACGCAAACCUAUGAAGGUCAAAGCGACAUCCACGCCUUGAUCCUAGGUAGAGCCAUCACCGGCCUCCAGGCAUUUGCGUGA